UUGCUUUGCCAAGAUUCAGUCUCGAGAAAUGGCAGAUGCAAUCUGCAUGAUAGACAUGAGUCACUCCUCCCUCUCUUCAAACUGAAAUAGAAUAGAUACAGAAAACCUGUAUCUAUACAUCUGUAAUAUUUUUUUUUUUUUAUUUCUUUUCUUUUUCUUACAUGCAUUUGCAUGUGCGAUAAAAAAGAGAGAGAGAGAGAGAGAGAAGAUUUGCAUAGGAAUUUUCAUCAAUUUACUACUAAGUAAAGAUCCAUCGUGUUCUCCGUCAAUUUUAUUUUAUUUUCGAUUGGAGUUUCUUUUUAUUUUAUUUAUUUAUUGGUUUCAAUAAAUAAAAAAAAAGGGCGAUUAAUCGUUUCUUGUGAAAAGUGCUUUGUAGAAACAAAAAAAAAAUAGAUAAUCAGAAUUGAAAAAAAAAUGGCGAAUGCAUCUGGGCUGUUUAAUCCAGUGGUGCCGAGUGUGAGGAGGAGGUUUUCUCCAUGUACAGGCAUUUAUCGAUCUGGGUUUUGGUUCUCUGAGGGCGGGUCCAGGGGUAUAGUGUGCUCCACCACUGCCCACGGUGAACAGAAGCUCUCCUCUUCUGAAUCUAGACCACCCAGGCUUGUUAGCAGAGGCUGCAAGUUGGUCGGAUGUGGCUCUGCAGUACCGAGUCUUCAAAUAUCGAACGACGAUCUCUCGAAAAUUGUUGACACUAACGAUGAAUGGAUAUCCGUUCGGACAGGAAUUCGUAAUCGAAGAAUACUUUCUGGAAAAGAUAGUUUAACAGAUCUGGCUGCAGAGGCAGCAAAGAAAGCUCUCGAAAUGGCAAAUGUCGACCCUAAUGACGUGGACCUCGUCUUGUUGUGUACUUCAACUCCCGAAGAUUUGUUUGGUAGUGCUCCACAGAUUCCAAAAGCGCUUGGAUGCAAAAACAAUCCAUUAGCUUACGACAUUACUGCUGCAUGCAGUGGUUUCGUGUUGGGCCUAGUAUCAGCUGCUUCCUACGUUAGAGGGGGUGGCUUCAAAAAUGUUUUGGUGAUCGGGGCUGAUGCUCUGUCGCGCUACGUCGACUGGACAGAUAGAGGAUCUUGCAUCCUCUUUGGUGAUGCUGCUGGUGCCGUUUUAGUACAGGCGUGUGAUCCUGAAGAAGAUGGUUUAUUUGCUUUUGACUUGCACAGUGAUGGUGACGGACAAAGACACUUAAAUGCAACGAUGAAGGAAAAUGAAAAGGACGGAGAAUUGGGUACAAAUGGUUCGCUACUCGGACUUUUACCUAACGGGUCAUCGUACUCGUGUAUACAGAUGAAUGGUAAGGAGGUGUUUCGGUUUGCUGUUCGUGUGGUCCCACAUUCUAUCGAGUUGGCUCUAGAGAAGGCUGGUUUAACUGGAUCUAAUAUAGACUGGUUGCUUCUUCAUCAGGCGAAUCAAAGAAUAAUCGAUGCAGUAGCCACUCGUUUGAAACUGCCGUCAGAGCGUGUGAUAUCGAACCUAGCAAAUUACGGGAAUACAAGUGCUGCAUCGAUUCCAUUGGCAUUGGACGAAGCUGUUCGAAGCGGCAAAGUACAAAACGGUCAUACUAUAGCUACUGCUGGUUUCGGAGCUGGCCUUACUUGGGGCUCUGCUAUUAUUAGAUGGGGUUGAUUAUUAUUAUUAUUGCAUUAAAUUAACUUUUUUUUUUUUUGCGAAUUCGUUUUUUUUCCCCUUCGACUUUGUCCGAAACUGAAGUUUUUUUUUGGACAUCAAUAAUAUGUAUUCUUUGUCUCA